AUGGAGGCAGACCCUGUGGCCUACGAUAAGCUGUCCAUAUCACAAGUUGAAGUGGGAGAGGAAUUUAUUCGCCAUUUGAACCUUUCCAAGGGAGACAAAGUCCUUGAUAUGGGCUGUGGAACAGGCAAGCUCACUAAAUACAUCGCUGAUAUCGUUGGUCCUGAUAGCGAGGUGGUUGGGGUUGAUCCUGAUGCUGCGAGAAUUAAAAUCGCAGUUGAAAAAUAUAAAGAAUGCAGUAAUCUACAUUUUCAUGUCGGUGAUAGUGUUGCUGGGUUUCCACACGAUGAUCAACCGUAUUACGACACUCAUGUUAGUACUCAUGUAUUUCAUUGGAUUCCAAAUGACGGGAAAGUGAUUUACAUUCAAACAGCAUAUAAAUGUUUAAAGUCUGGAGGAAAGCUUGCUAUCUGUUGUUCUGAGAAGAUGUUAAAUGAUAAUGAAAAUGAUAUCCAGGGUUACAAUGCUUUAACCCCACAGGGCUAUCGUGAUUUGUUUCAAGCGGUUGGUUUAUUCAACAAUGUUGUGAUGAAGCGAAUUGUCACACCAUUUCGUUUUGAAUCAUUUGAAUACUUCAAGCAAUGGUACAGAGUUUCUGCGCAUCAGAACCCAGAAGAUUUAGAUUCAGCAUAUUUUGAGAGAUUCAUCACGACAGAAGACGACGGACGAAUGACAUGGAACAUGCCAAUUAUAAACAUCACAACCUUUAAAGAUUGA